CUCCCUCUCGUUCUUUGUCAGGGGACAGGAAAAAUUGAAGGCCUCAAACUUGAUAUGAAUUUUUUGGAGGAUAAAUAUGACAGGACAGUCUCUGGUAUCAAAAGAAAAUGUCAUUUUGAAGAAUUCCUCAGCACAUCAUUGUUGUUAAAUGUAGGAAAUUUGUUUAAAAGACAGUGUUUUGGCAUCUUCUGCUGGAAGACAGUAGGCACUGCUCUGCGAAAUUCAGAUAAGAUAGCUUUGGAAGUUGAUGCAUUUGCAAGGAUGCACAAAUUAAAACUUUUGCAACUCAAAAAUUUACAAGUCAAUGGAAGAUUUGAAAAUUUUUCGAAAGGAUUACGAUGGUUGUGUUGGCAUGGAUUCUCUUUCAACUCUAUAUGCGAUGAUUUCCCUUUGGAUAACCUGGUUGUUCUUGACAUGCAGUAUAGCAACUUGCAAAAGGUUUGGGAAGGAACCAAGUUUCUCGAGUCAUUAAAAAUCCUUGAUCUUAGUCAUUCCCAUUGCCUUUUUGAAACUCCUGAUUUCUUGGAAGUACCCAAUCUUGAGCGAUUAAUACUUGAAAAUUGUGCACGGCUGGUAGAGGUUCAUGAAUCUGUUGGACACCUUCAGAGACUUGUUUUAUUAAAUUUAAAAGAUUGCAAAAAUCUAAGGAAGCUUCCAAGAAGCAUUGUUAUGCUAAAUUUUUUGGAAACACUUGACAUUUCAGGUUGCUCAAAUAUUAAGGAAUUGCCAGUAGAGAUGGGGACUAUGGAUUCUUUAACAAAGUUUAGUGCAAAUGGAACUAUCAUAUUAAAUCUAAGCAAUAAUCCAAUUUGUAACCUCCCAAAUUGCAUUGGAGGUCUUACUGGACUUCAGAUCCUUGAAUUAGAUAAGUGUAGAAGGCUUCAAUCACUUACACUGGAGCAGAAUUUGAAAGUAUUGUCGGUCUCUGAAUGUGCAUUGUUAGAGAAAGUAACAUUUCAAUCAUUUCCAUCAACCAUAGAAUUCAAGAACCUUUAUGACGCAUAUAUAACAUGGAAGAAUUUGAAGGAGUUUUACUACUCAAAAUGUGCGUUGCAUUCAGCUCCAUCAACCAUGAAAUAUAAUAACAUGUGGGAGAAUCAAUUUGUUGUGAUAAACCAUUGGAGUCCAUAUCUAUUCUAUGGUAUGUGCAACAAUAUAGUUGAGAUUAUGGGCCGAUUUAAGUUAGAACCCAUAGGGAAUAUUGACAUGGAGAUAAUGAAUAAUUUGGGCUUUCCCAACUUAGGAUCCGUAGGAAGCCCAACUGUUAUGCUUUCAUGCGGGUUUUUAAAGAAUCCAAGGAAGCUUCCCUUGCAGGGAUGUCAUGAAGAACAUAUAUUUUACGCUUAUCUUCCGGAAAGCAAGAUUCCAACUUGGUUUAAUCUUAAAAAUACCGGAUCUUCAAUAUCUUUUAUUGUGCCAUCUCAUCUCAGAAUUCAAGCCUUGAGUGUGUGUUCUAUUUAUGCACUUUCCAAUAAUACAAAAGAUCCUGACUAUAAGCAUAAUGCACAUACUAUUAUCAAUAAUACGAUGAAGAGUUUGAUUUGGAGUCAUACCCCACGAGUCUUUGGCAUUCCAGAAGCUGAUGAGGAUAUGAUGUGGUUAAGUUACUGGAAGUUUGGAAAUCAGUUGGAAGGUGGGGAUGAACUGAAUAUUUCAGUGGUUGGAGAUGAAGAUUUUCAAGUGAAGGAGGUCGGAGUCCAUCUAGUGUACAAGGAGCAAGAAGAGAAGAGUAGCCAAUUAACUAGUGAAGAAGCAUCCCAAUUACAAUGCUCUCUCUAUGGAAAUGUCGUUCCUGGAAAUGCUUCUAUAGUACAUCCGGUGAGCAGAAAAGUCUUCCGCCUUGGCGGUCGUUCGGUGGACUGUUCAAUUUGUGGCAGUCUAUAA